AUGUCGGACGCAGCCAACGUCGAAGUCGCCAAAGAGGCUCUUGAAGCUCUCUCAAUUGGUGAGAAGAGCUCUCCGAGCAACCAGGAAGAGAAGUCGCCACGCAAGCCGCGCAUUCCAACUGCCGAGCGCAUCCGUCUCUGGGAGGAGGAACAGAAAGCGAAGCGAGUGCUCUCCACUGGACUUCAAGGAAAAGUCAAAUGGUACUCGGUGCUUCGUCGCUACGGCUUCAUUUCUCGCAACGACGGAGAGAAGGACGUCUUUGUUCACCAGACCGCCAUUGCCAAGUCAAACACCGAGAAGUUCUACCUCCGCACGCUCGCCGACGAGGAAGACAUCGUUUUCGAUCUCGUUGAAGGAAAGAAUGGCCCAGAAGCUGCCAACGUCACCGGCCCAGACGGAGGAAACGUUGCAGGAUCAAGAUACCGCCACAAGCUGCUAUCUCGUUUCCGUAGAAACCGCAAGCCAAGAACAUCCGUCGACGGAGAGGAAUCGAACAACGCGGAAGCCAAACCUGAGGAAGCAAAGGUGUCGACUGAGAAGGACAGAAAGAAGAAGCCAAGAAAGCAACGCAAGAACAGAAACCGCAAGUCAAAAGCCGAGAAGGAAACUGGCGAUGCAGCUGAUUCUUCUGCCGUCACCGAGUCUUCAGGAUCUGCUGUUGGCUCUCCGGAUUCCAAAGCAUGCUCCAAGAUUGUCGAUGAAGAGACUGUCCUCUCGAAGAUUGACCACCUCGGAGACGCCGGACUCGGAGCCCAACAAAUUGAUGCCGAAAUCUAA